AUGCCAGCAUGUUACAUUACAACUAGGAGUUAUAAAAACUAUAAUCCCUCACUAUUUUCCUCUGACCUUGUCACUAAAUCGGAUCGUCUGUUAUCCAUAUUAUCCAACACCAACGUUCAUACAAUACUCGAAACCUUCAAAGAUGUUCUUCACUCAACUCUCGACGUGCAUGCACCGUUAAAAACCUUCAAAAUUCGAAAUCGAUCAUGUCCAUAUGUCACCAAUGAAAUAAAAGAACUCAUGAAGUCUCGGGACCUACACCUCCUUCGGUUUCAACUGACACGUGAUGAAGGUGAUUGGGUAGUUUACAAAGAAUAUCAUAAUAACGUAAAAACCAAAAUUAAAGCUGCAGCGAAGGACCACACCUUCAACGAA